AUGCUCUAUGAGCCGAGCACUUCGACAGCAGACGUCGUCCCGAAUCACUUGUGAGUUCACCUAAUCAUUUUAAUACCGUAUUCGACGUCAGCAGUACAUUAACGCAACAUUUUGUAGGCCGAACGACUACAGUAUGCCAUCCAAAGUGGACUACUCAAAAGUUGGAUCACUAUCCGUUUCGAUGAAUAUUGUUGGCCAGAAAGAUCGCGUCAAAUCGAUCGUAUUCUCAAUUCACUAUUUCGAAGAAGGUGUCAAGGAUCGGAAGAGUAAGGUAUUUCUGCAAAGAACGCGAUGCACCGAGUCAGUUUUUGUUCGCAAAAUCGCUCCAAUUUUUAUCAUUCUAUAAUUUCAGAAUCAACGCUGACAUGCUGACUAAAUACCUGCGAGAGGCACUCGGAAACGAUCGGAUCGUCAUCGAGAACUUUCUGUCGCCGCAUCGUGAACUCGGCGAAGAGUUGCGCGAAAAAGGAGUGGUCCGCCGGAACUUUGUCUGUUUUUCGCGCUACGUCAAGACGUUCGUGAAGCGAAUAUUGAAGAUCAAAGUGUUCGAGCGGGGUCUCAAUCAGCUUAGGACCUUUGUUCAAGAGGUCGAGCGGACCGACGAGUUCAAGGCCUAUUUGAGCAAGUUAGCUUUGAAAGUAAUUUGUUAGAAGACUGCAACAACAAAAAAUUACAGUCUACUCCCGGCAAACAAUGCAAAGGGUCGAUUGCCGGCGCUGGAUGAUUCCUCGUGGCAGUCAACUGGAGAUUUCCUUCGAAAAUCGCUACUUUUGGUGAGGAAGAGAAGAUUAUUGUAGGAGUAAGAUUAUCUGGAUUUCAGCACGAAGCGUUUAAAAGUCUUGCCGGCGAGUUCAUGUUGGAUUACUACCUGACCGAAGAGAUGUACCAGCACCUCCUCCGCCUCAGCUGCCUUCUCCAGCAGUGCCGUCAGCAAAUGGACAAGCUGAGUGUGGCGCACAAUUCGAUUUCGCAAAUGGUGCCGGCGAGUGAGGCGCUCAAAAGUUACAUCUCGACGAGUCUGAGCGGCUAUAAAUUCGGAACGGACAUUCAGGAAGCGCAUGCGGAGAUUUUUUGCGAGCUCCGAAACGGACGCAUCACCACUCGCCACGAUCUUGCCACUUUUCUGGAUCCUCGUUUCGGACACCGACCCACGAUAAAUGUGUACAAGAUGGUCGUCCGGUUCACCGACAAAAUCCUGAGCAAUAACAAGAACAACGAGCGGAAGCUUCGCAGCGAUUUUCAACUGUUUCGAGGCUAUUGCCAACGUGCUCGCCCGGCCGACGAUAAGAAUCCGUUCGUUUGGUGGGAACAGCGCAGGGAGGAGAUGGCGAUCUUGGCUCCGAUCGCUCUCGACAACCUCGCCUGUCCGGCAGUGGCCAUCGAUGGCGCCUACUAUUUCGGCGAAAACGGACUGCUCGGACCGCCGAGCAUACCGGAGAAAGGAAAAUCGGUAUUCGAGCACGAUCCGGUGAAUCUGGGCGAGAAUUUGAAUCAGCAAGAAGACGCGGGACUGCUGAUCGGGAAAAACACGUCGGACGAGUGCAACAAACGUGCGAGGAGCAUGCAGGUGUUCGGAGAAUCGAGAAUAGUCGGAAAUAGAGUUGUCUACGGAAAUUACGAGCCGGUGGAAGAAGUCUAUACUGUGCAGGAGGUUCAACGUGCCGAAGACGGAGCCAUUUAUGCGAUUUGUCAGCCAGACCUGGCGGUUAUCGACGAGAGAGAGCUGGCAGUGGUGGAUCCGCUCGAAGAGGUCCUGUCGACCAGCUGCGUUUUCUGUGGAUGCAUCGAGAAUCAGGUGGCGGUUUCUGUGGAGAUCGAGAAGCUUCUGCUGUGUUUGCGAGCAAUGUACCGGCAGGAAAUGACAAAGGAAGACGUGAAGUUGCUCGUGGCCCGGCCGGAAAUGUUCGCGUGUUUCAAGCAUUUUCCCGAAACUCGUGACUUUAUAUUCUCGGCGAUCGGCGUUCAGAACACGCGCGCAAUUCUGACGGCCACCGCACACAGUUUCAAGAGCAUGGACGGGGACAUUGCCGACAUCUGGGGACUGCCUUUCGGCACCGAGAACCUUCGAAAAGCGCUCAUGAGCUUUACAGAUGAGUACCGAGAGCGGGUGAGUUGGAAAACCUACCGUAAUAGUAAGACACCCUAAAAUCGUCCAUUCAAAGCAAUGUAUCUCGGCUGCCAUUAGAUAUAUCAAAGGAUGGUCAACUAAGAAAAUGUUCAUCAUGUUCUGAUGGUAGCUGAGAUACAUCGUGUUGAAUGUACGUUUUUACGGUACACAGAUUUCGAAUCAACUCUUUCCCAUUCAGACCGUCGAGCAACCAUUCCAAACGUGCUCUUUCUGUGCGGCCGUCGCCGAGACGAGUCAGAUGCGGCGAAUUCCUCCGAACGCCUCACUAAUAAAGGAAUGGUGUAAUCUACUGGAUCCGAUCCUACUCAACGAUUUGCCCGUCGGAAUGGAGCACUAUCUGUGCCUGCUUCAUUUGGACGAACCGUCGAAUCCGGUGAAGACGAAAAAACGGAGAGAGCGUGUCAAGUCCCCGAUGGAUGUUUUGAAAAAGGUGAAACCGAAUUUGGCGGAGGAGGAAAAGAAGAAGAAGGAGGAUGAGAACGAGAGAGCUCAGAAGUUGCUGGAAGACGACAAAGAGUGGUGA